CUCGUCGGUGGCAGAAACCCACAGAAUCAGAUAAAAGGAAGAAAGGUUGUUGUCUCGUCUGCGCUCUACUCUACUCGAUCACUCACUCAAGCUAUCACUGUGUCAAUUCAGCUCAGUGGCAGAUAUGGAAUCAUCAGCUUUGUUAUACAAUCAGCUCAAGACAGCAGAGCCGUUUUUCUUAUUAGCGGGUCCAAAUGUGAUUGAAUCCGAGGAGCACAUUUUCCGAAUGGCCAAGCACAUAAAGACUAUUGCGACAAAAGUUGGAUUGCCACUGGUGUUCAAGUCAAGCUUUGACAAAGCUAACCGUACAUCCUCAAAAUCAUUCCGGGGCCCUGGCAUGGCUGAAGGGUUAAAGAUCCUUGAGAAGGUUAAAAUAGCUUAUGACCUCCCUAUAGUCACAGAUGUACACGAAUCUAUACAGUGCGAAGAAGUUGGCAAAGUUGCAGAUAUCAUUCAGAUUCCUGCAUUUUUAUGCCGUCAGACAGAUCUUCUAGUUGCAGCAGCCAAGACUGGAAAGAUUGUCAAUAUUAAGAAGGGUCAAUUCUGUGCUCCUUCUGUCAUGGUAAAUUCUGCUGAGAAGAUUAGACUGGCAGGAAAUCCAAAUGUGAUGGUUUGUGAGAGGGGAACUAUGUUCGGUUAUAAUGAUUUAAUUGUUGAUCCGCGUAAUUUGGAGUGGAUCAGAGAAGCUAAUUGUCCUGUUGUUGCUGAUGUUACACAUGCAUUGCAACAGCCUGCUGGGAGAAAGUUGGAUGACGGAGGUGUUGCCAGUGGUGGUCUUCGUGAAUUGAUACCAUGUAUUGCAAGGACAGCAGUUGCUGUUGGGGUGGAUGGAAUUUUCAUGGAGGUACAUGAUGAUCCUUCUAAUGCGCCAGUUGAUGGUCCAACCCAAUGGCCGUUGCGCCAUUUGGAGGAACUACUGGUAGAGCUUAUUGCAAUUGCUAGGGUAAGCAAGGGGAAGCAACACUUCAACAUUGAUCUCUCACCCUAUCGUGAUUAGAAGACUGAUGCUACUUCGAUGGUGUUUUAUCUGUGUCCGAGUGCUCUUUGUUAAAGAUAUGACUAGCUUUGUGAGAAAAAUUACAUUUUGCUAGCACUUCGAAGCAUUCAGACAGGGAUCAUAUAAAUGUGAGAUGGUUGCCAAAAUUGGGCUUUCUGCUCAUCUAUUUAUCAUUGUAUUCUUGAAUUCGUUAGUAGAGCAACCAUUACCUUGAUCCAAAGAAAUUGUUUAUAUUGGUUUACUAUUCGUUCUUCAUUUUUUAUUGUAUACUCAGUAACUAUAUGAGAUCAAGACCUUGGGGUGCUGCCUCUAUAGAUUAUAGAAUUUGUUUUCUUGUAUUAAUCUGCGAUGUUUGUAUCGAAUCAUCAGUAAUGAUGGGGCUUGGACACUCCAUAACAUUGAUAUAGAAAGGAUUGACGCAAUUGUGGCAA